GAAGGAACCCACACACCUCCGAUGGGCGACACGUGGAAUCACAUGAUCAGCUUCUGCGGCAAAUCAGAAUAUUCAAUCAGAUCCCAGGCGCUUAUAAAUACCUCAUUUCCAUCCUCCACAUUCCUUAGGACAAACACGACCUCUUACAAGUGUUUUCCUCUGUAACUCAGAGUAGCUCUCUCUCUCUCUCUCUCUCUCUCUCUCUCUAGAAAUGGAAGGAAAAAGAUGCGCAGGCGGCUUCUUUGAGAAGGCCAAGCCUUACAUAGCCAUGACCUGUCUCCAAUUCGGCUACGCCGGAAUGAACAUUAUUACCAAAGUGUCCCUCAACAGAGGCAUGAGCCACUACGUCCUCGUCGUCUACCGCCACGCCUUUGCCACCGCCGUCAUCGCCCCCUUCGCCCUUCUCCUCGAAAGGAAAGUCAGGCCCAAGAUUACCUUCACCAUUUUCUUGCAGCUCUUCGUUUUAGGACUUCUCGGGCCCGUUAUUGAUCAGAACUUGUACUACGCCGGCCUCAAGUUCACUUCUCCCACUUUCUCAUGCGCCAUGAGCAACAUGCUACCUGCGAUGACCUUCGUCAUGGCCGUCAUCUUCAGGAUGGAGAAAUUGGACAUGAAGAAGUUGAGAUGCCAAGCAAAGGUGGCGGGAACGAUAGUGACCGUGGCGGGAGCCAUGCUGAUGACGCUCUACAAAGGCCACGUGGUGAAGAUGCUGUGGUCGGACUACAUUCACCCCAGGAAAUCCUACGACGCCCCCGCCGCCGCCGCCGGCGACGCCGACAAGGAUUGGAUCAAGGGCUCCAUUCUCCUCAUCAUCGCCACCUUCGCCUGGGCCUCCUUCUUCAUCCUUCAGGCCGUGACGCUGAGGAAAUACACGGCGCAGCUGUCUCUGACGGCGCUCGUGUGCUUCAUGGGAACCCUGCAGUCGAUCGUGGUGACGCUCGUCAUGGAGCACAGACCCCACGCUUGGGCCAUCGGAUUCGACAUGAACCUCUUAGCUGCUGCUUAUGCUGGGAUCGUGUCGUCGAGCAUUGCCUACUACGUGCAGGGGCUGGUGAUGCAGAAGAGGGGUCCCGUCUUCGUCACCGCCUUCAGCCCGCUCAUGAUGAUCAUCGUAGCCAUCAUGGGCUCCUUCAUCUUGGCUGAGAAGAUUUACGUCGGAGGGCUUCUCGGCGGAGCUCUGAUCGUGAUGGGGCUUUACUCAGUGCUGUGGGGAAAAUACAAGGAAUACAAGGACAAGGAAGCGGAGGAGAUUCUCGAGCCCGUCAAACAAGGGCAAAAUGGUCACACCCUAGAUAUUGAAGCAAAUACCAUCCAAUUUCACAGAGAUGAAGAGAGGAGAAUGACUGCUCCGGUCAUCGCCAUCAGCGCGCCGAUCCCGCAGCCGCCGAUGCUAGCAAUCGAGGCGCCGAAGCCAUGAAUUUCACUACUUUGAGGACAAUAAAUGGCCGGGGAAGAAAUUAAAGAAAAUAUUGUAGUUGUGAAAGGUUGGAGCGGGGCAUUUUAGUCAUUGUACCUCUGUACUUCCCUUUUUUUUGGAAUGGUAGAUAUUAGGGGAAGCUUGUAACGUUUUUCGUGUAAGUUUAAGAAUUUUCCGAGGAGAAUUUUGUUGAAUUAAGUCUUUAAAAAAAUAAACUGGAUAAUUGAUGAUA